UCUCUCCAGCUUUCGUCCUUGUUUUCUGCGUAUCCAACCCACCGCUUCACUCUUUUAGCGGGCACUCGUUUUCACGAUAUCACGAAAAUAAACAAACAGCUCUACAGUUAAAUUCGCGCAACCGUCUACGGUCAAUUGGAGUUUAGUUCGAAGGAAUUUCAACAAGUAAUAAUGAAGGCAACUUUCGCGGUCGCCGCUGCUGCGGCCCUGACCGGUGUCAACGCCGUCAGCGUUCACCGCGGACACGCUCGCGCCCACGAUGCGUUCCACGCCCUCGAGAAGAAGGCUGACAAUGCCACCUGCGGAUGUACUACCAUCUACAGCACCUACUAUGGUGAAGCUACUCUCUCGUUCCCUCCGGUCCCCCCAGCGACUACUGCUACACCUGUGGCUACACCCUCGUCCAUCUCCGCCCCGCCGCCGCCGCCGCCGCCAGCUACGACUACCUCGACUGCCGUGCUCGUCCCGACGCCAAUUCCCCAGACUUGCUCGACCACGGGUGUCUACACUUUCCCCGCUACCACCGUCACUCUGACCGAGCCGACUACGGUUUGCGUUCCUUCCACGACCUCUGUCCCCGUUGGUACUCACACCUUAGGUGGUGUUACCACCGUCGUCACGACCGCAACUACCGUUACCUGCCCGUACGCCACGGUCACCACCAGCGAAGGUGUUACUACCAGUGUCAUUAAGACCACGACCUACGUCUGCCCGUCUGCUGGUACCUACACCAUUGCUCCCAUUACGACCACGGUCGACAAGCCCGCCACUGUGACCGUUCCUUCCGUCACCAACUACCCCCCUGGAACGUACACUCAGCCUGAGGUUAUCACCACUGUCACUGAGACCAACACCGUUGUCUACUGCCCGUUCGACAUUCCUACUCCUAGCGCCUCAACCACUCUUGUCCAGGUUCCGACCACGGCUCCUGUUGUCGUCCCUAGCAUCACCAGCGUUCCAAGCGUCCCCAGUGUCCCCACCAUUCCUGCUAUUCCUGAGGUCUCUAUUUCCGUUUCCGUUCCUGUUCCCGUGGUUCCUCAGCCCAGCUCGUACAUACCUUCUUCUCCGUCUUCUUCUACUCCCUCUAAGCCUAAGCCCAGCGGUACCCUCGGUGGACCGCCUGGUCAGCCAUGGGGUAUCUCGUACACUCCCUACGAGACUAGCGAGCAGGGUGGAUGCAAGAGUGCCAGCCAGGUUGAGCAGGACAUUGCUGCUAUUGCCGCUGCCGGUAUUAAGUCUGUCCGUGUCUACUCCACUGACUGCGAUACCCUCCCCAACGUUGGUGGCUCUUGCGCUAAGCACGGCCUGAAGAUGAUCCUCGGUAUCUUCAUCGACUCUCCUGGCUGUUCUGCCCACAACCCCAGUGUUUCUGAGCAGAUUAGCGCCAUCAAGAGCUGGGCCAAGUGGGAUCUUGUUGACCUUAUCUCGGUUGGUAACGAGGCUGUCUUCCACGGCUACUGCCAGCCUUCCGAGCUCUCUGCCCUUAUCACCAAGUGCAAGGGCGAGUUCAGCGGCUACACCGGCAAGUACACUACUGCUGAGACUGUCAACAUCUGGCAACAGAGUGACUUCUCUUCUGCUAUCUGCGGCGUCGUUGAUGUUGCUGGUGCCAAUGCUCACGCUUUCUUCAACACUCAGACCGUUGCCUCUCAGGCUGGUCAGUUUGUCAAGGGCCAGCUCGAUAUCGUCAACAACAUCUGCCAGGGCAUCUCCGGUAUCAUUCUUGAGACCGGUUGGCCCUCAGCUGGUGAGGCUAUGGGUCUUGCCGUUCCGGGCGUGUCCCAGCAAGCCGAGGCCAUCAAGAGCAUCGUCAAGGAGUGCGGUGACCAGGCUGUCAUGUUCAGUUACUCAAAUGACGCAUGGAAGGAUCCCAACACUGCUUGCAAGUGCGAGCCUCACUUCGGUAUCGCCGCUGCUCUUGGCAUUAACGUCAGCAUAUAAGAUACCUUCUAAGCGCGCACUAAUGGCGUUAUAUUGUAUAUUGUUACGUCUUUAUCCAAACGGGUUGCAACAUACACGCUUUUGGCUACGGAGAAGUAUAUGACUAGGCUACCGUCAGGGCG